AUGGGAGACUCUCCCCCGGCUUUAGGAUAUCUUGCGCCAAUCUGCGCCGGUAUUCUAGUGAUCAGUGUCUGGAACCAACGGAACUCUCGCUUCAUGGAUCUUGAGAGCAUUCCAUUUCGAAGAGGUCCCUCGGUCAUAUCCAGCGGCGAUGUCGACAAGCAGUUCCCGCUGAUGAAAUACAGCGACUGGUGGGCAGGCCGAAGUCGAAAAGGGAGUAUUGCGAAAGAAACUAUUGGGUCGCUGGGUUCGGUAUCACAAGAAGACCCUAAAGACAAGGAGACAGAUAUUAACGCCCCUGAAGCGCAUGUUAAAAAGACAGACUUUGCUGAGAAUGCUCCAGACACUCAAAUAGACAAGGCACAGGAGCAUGUUUGCGAGCCGGGGAAUACUUGUGAGCACGACAACGACGAUGCAGUCAGCGAGUCGGGUUGCUUAUGUGCCAUUUGCAUGGACUCGAUUGAGGGUGAAACCUAUAUUCGACCUCUGACAUGCGGGCACAUUUUCCACUCUUCCUGCGUGGACCCGUGGCUCACUAGACGACGUGCAAGCUGCCCACUGUGUAAUAAGAGCUUCGGUAAUCAUGGAGCAAGUGAUAGGGAGGAAACGGAUGCACAACCAUUCCCCGUUCUUGCCGUGCCAAGUCUUCCGCUCGGCCUAAGGCCAAAAGCCGGCAAUUCAGAGGUUGUUAAGUUUGGCACCGAGAAGUCCACCCACGAAGCCCGUUGUUUCGUCCAGUAUUGGCCACUUACUCUUAUCAGUUGUGCUCCCUUACCCAAACUUCAAGCUGGAGUGGUGAUCGAUAUGCCUGAUAUUUUCGGCCUCAGGGUCAUACGACACAUACGUCUUACACAGAGUGGGGCCUGGUCCUUCAAGGCCUUUAUACUCUUGGAGAGUGGCCUCCUUGGUAUCCAGACGGCUAACUGA